AUGGGUAAUGCGUGUUGUAAUCACUCAGAAAUCCAUUACAAUCACUUAUAAGGUAACACUUAAAUCUUGACUCCUACGUUAUAAAAAAUAGAGACUUGGAAUUCGUUUCAAGAUGACGAGGAAGACAUUACUUCCCCCCUUAAACAAUAUAUUACACCUAGUGCUGCAUCAAAAGUCGAUCUUGAUUUCUCUUCAGACACCAAUCAGUCUAAAAUGAAAUCAACCAUUUAAUUGCCAGGCUCCAAAAAAUCUGUGAAGAUAAGCUAUGAUAAUUUUGUCACAAUGAAACAAGGGGGAUGGAAAGAACAAUAUAAUCUCAUUAAAAAAUUAGGAUAAGGAAGCUACGGCUGUGUAUGGCUUGCCAAACAUAAGAAAACUGGUAUUUUAAGAGCACUGAAGUAAAUUAAGAAAGACUCACUUUUAUUUGAGGAUUAAGAAAGAAUGUUAUCGGAACUGAAUAUCUUAAAGUCUUUAGAUCAUCCUAAUAUCGUUCGGGUUUUCGAAUGCUUCUAAGAAGAUGAUUAAUAUAUAAUUGUUACUGAACACCUUCCUGGAGGAGAAUUAUUCUAAAGAAUUAAGAAACUGUAAUGCUUUAGUGAGAAAAUGGCAGCUGGCUACAUUAUCUAAAUCCUAAAAGCUGUGAGCUACUGCCAUGAAAAAUAAAUAGUACAUAGAGAUUUGAAACCUGAGAAUAUCCUCUUAAGUGGAUAGGGUGAAGAGGUCAAAGUAAUUGAUUUUGGAACAUCUAGAUACUUUUCAUCAAAUAAUAAUAUGAAGAAACGAUUAGGAACUCCUUAUUAUAUUGCCCCAGAAGUUUUAAAUGGUAAAUAUAAUGAAAAAGUGGAUAUUUGGUCCUGUGGAGUUAUACUAUAUAUUUUUUUAUGCGGGUAUCCUCCUUUUACUGGAAAAACUGAAAAUGAAAUCUUUGCUAAGGUUAAAAUUGGCAAAAUAAUAUUUGACAAAGACGAUUGGUCUAAUGUUUCAAAGGAAGCUAUAGAUUUGAUUAACAAUAUGCUCAAUACUGAUGUCAAAAAAAGGUUCUCUGCCUAAUAAGCUCUCUUACAUCCUUGGGUUUAAAAAAAUGCUAAAUAAGAGAUUAUAUCCUAAUAGUUAUUAAAUAAUAUUGAAAAAUUCUGUGUCAAAAGUAAUUUUCAAAAAGCUAUUAUGACUUUUAUGGUGAAUUAAACUUUGCAAAGCCAAGAAAUCAAUGAACUGAAGGCUACCUUUAAUGCUCUAGAUAAAAAUCUUGAUGGUAAUUUGAGUAAGCUAGAAUUGAUUGCUGGUUAUCAAGAAAUAUUAAAAAACAAAGAAUAGGCAGAAGAUAAAGUUAAUCAGAUAUUAGAUGCUCUAGAUUUGAAUCAUUCAAACUUAAUUGACUAUUCUGAAUUUAUUAUGGGGGCCAUGAAGUUUGAAAAAUUAGUUUCUAUCAAAAGAAUUAAAUAGGCAUUUCGCAUGCUAGACACAAAUGGUGAUGGUUACAUAUCAAAAGAGGAAUUGUAAGAUAGUAUGGGAUUUUUAGAGCCGGAGAUAUGGGAAUAGUUUUUAAAGGAUUGUGACUUGAAUAAGGAUGGAAGAAUCUCUGAAGAAGAAUUUACUAAUAUUUUAGUUACUUUAUGA